AUGCAGAUCUUUGUCAAAACCCUCACCGGUAAAACCAUCACUCUCGAGGUUGAAUCUUCCGACACCAUCGACAACGUCAAAGCCAAGAUUCAGGACAAGGAAGGUAUUCCACCAGAUCAACAACGUUUGAUUUUCGCUGGUAAGCAACUUGAAGAUGGCCGCACCCUUGCCGACUACAAUAUCCAGAAGGAAUCAACUCUCCACUUGGUCCUGCGAUUACGUGGUGGUAUGCAGAUCUUCGUGAAGACUCUUACUGGUAAGACUAUCACUCUCGAGGUCGAAUCUUCCGAUACUAUUGACAAUGUCAAGGCCAAGAUCCAAGACAAGGAAGGUAUUCCACCGGAUCAACAACGUCUUAUCUUCGCCGGAAAACAACUUGAAGAUGGACGUACUCUUGCCGAUUACAACAUCCAAAAGGAAUCUACUCUUCAUUUGGUACUUCGUCUUCGUGGUGGUAUGCAGAUCUUCGUCAAGACUUUGACUGGAAAGACCAUUACCCUUGAAGUCGAAUCCUCCGACACGAUUGACAAUGUCAAGGCCAAGAUCCAGGACAAAGAGGGUAUCCCCCCUGAUCAACAACGUCUUAUCUUUGCCGGCAAGCAACUUGAGGAUGGCCGCACUCUUGCUGACUACAAUAUCCAGAAAGAGUCGACCCUUCAUUUAGUUUUGCGUCUCCGUGGUGGUAUGCAGAUCUUUGUAAAGACUCUUACCGGCAAAACGAUCACUUUGGAGGUUGAAUCUUCUGACACAAUCGACAACGUCAAGGCCAAAAUUCAGGACAAGGAAGGCAUUCCCCCAGAUCAGCAACGCCUUAUCUUUGCUGGUAAACAACUAGAAGAUGGCCGCACACUCGCCGAUUACAACAUUCAGAAAGAAUCAACUCUUCAUUUGGUGCUUAGGUUGCGGGGUGGAAUGCAAAUCUUCGUCAAGACUCUCACUGGAAAGACCAUCACCUUGGAAGUUGAAUCGUCUGACACUAUCGACAAUGUCAAGACAAAAAUUCAAGACAAGGAAGGUAUCCCACCUGACCAACAGCGUCUCAUUUUUGCUGGGAAACAGUUGGAGGAUGGGCGUACGUUGGCUGACUACAACAUCCAGAAAGAGUCCACCCUUCAUUUGGUGUUGCGUCUUCGUGGUGGUAUGCAAAUUUUUGUGAAGACACUGACUGGUAAAACGAUCACACUGGAAGUCGAAUCCUCAGACACUAUUGACAACGUGAAGGCUAAGAUCCAGGAUAAGGAAGGUAUUCCUCCCGACCAACAACGAUUGAUCUUUGCUGGAAAGCAGCUGGAGGAUGGUCGCACACUGGCAGAUUACAACAUCCAGAAGGAAUCUACCCUCCACCUUGUACUCCGUUUACGUGGUGGAAUGCAAAUCUUUGUGAAAACUCUGACUGGUAAAACCAUCACCCUUGAAGUCGAAUCUUCGGACACGAUUGACAACGUCAAAGCCAAGAUCCAAGAUAAGGAAGGCAUCCCACCAGACCAACAGCGACUAAUCUUUGCAGGCAAACAAUUGGAAGAUGGCCGAACACUUGCUGAUUACAACAUUCAAAAGGAGUCUACUCUUCACUUGGUAUUGCGAUUGCGCGGAGGUCACAUGAUGUAA